AUGGAGAAUGAAUACCUGGGGCCCCGUCCCUCCGGGGGCGAGCCGCCUGCGAGGGUGGCCGGCGCCACACCAGGUGGGGACUGCCCCAGCGGCUAUCCCCCCUGCUGUCUAGAAGUAUCGUAUGAACUUCUGCUCUUCCCUCUUCAAUCGUGCACAGAUCCAGGCAUUCAAACGCGACAACAAAAGCUGGCGGCGACUACGGCAGCUGUGCGAGAAUCGGUCAAAACCAGUGUACAAAAUCACGCUUCUUCCGCCCUCCCAGAAGGCCUGCACGACGGCACCGGGAAAGAUGGAGAGAUGCGCGAAGCUCUGAGUAACGCGCCAUCGAUCUCUGCGUCUCAAAUUCCUCCCCCUCAAGUGACCUCUGCCGCCCUGGCUGUUUCUCUCCCUAUCUAUGGAGGCGCAGUUGAGCCUUCGAGUCGCAGUGGAGGGAGUGGCGGAAAGCCUUCUGAGAAGCAAUCCGCUGCCUUUUGUCUUGUCAAGCCUCUUCCCCCGCCAUCGUCUUUUUCCUCGCGUUGCGAGAAUCCUUGGCUGCCGGGCAGUGGCGCACUGCAUGACGACAAGGGGAAGAGGUGCGACCAAUCUCUUCCGGCGGUUAGGUAUUUGCUACCUGCGUCCGCGCCAGAGAGCGGAGACGCCGAGGGAGACAGACAGCAAGAAGGGAGAGUGGAGAACAGUUGCGAGCGAGCGGGUGCUAUCGAAGAACGCGGGUCUUCCGGAGUCGCUCGGGGCUCCAGCUUUCUUGGACGAAAGCAGAAAAGUGUUCUGCGACUCAAGAACCAGGUCAUCAGCGGUGUCCACUGUCGCUUGUCCUGGUGUAUCGACACCUAUCGGCUCGUGGGCCUCACGGAAGCCGUGCUCGCUGCUUGCGCGUGCGAAUCUGGAGACAACCAACCGCCUUUGCCCCUUUCGCCGGCCUUCGCAAGCGAAUUUGCCGACACGGCCGCGAACAAAAGCCCACACCAGAGUGCCUCCUCCCAACCGAGCGCAGCGGGAUGGGGAGGCGCUCCUCGCGAUGCCUGGGGCCAUUUCCUGGUUUUUGACGCCGACGAUUCAGAUCUCUUCAGUGCAGACGCGUUCGCUCCGCAAACUGCAGAUUCGGGCAAGGGAAACAGUCCAGCGUGCGCCUCACGCUCCGCGUCUUCGCCGUGGUCUUCCUCAGCCCUUCCUCGAGCCGCCGUUUUGUCUCCGGAAACCGAUCAGCGAGCCGCCGCCUUCUGGCGCCCGCAACUGACGAGUCUUCUCACGCGGACGAACUUGGCAUGCGCGCUUUCGUCGCACGAAGAGGGCCGGAAGAGCAGUGGAGACGGAUAUGCAGCUGCUGGAGCGCCUUCGGUGUCGACGCGAAACCAAGAGCUUGGCAGCUUCUCCGCGGGCCUCGAGAACGUCGGCCCAUUCCCUUUUCUUGAACUCCAAGUGGAAGACGCCUCCACAAACGGGACGUGGAUCGGCGGCGUCAAACUUCAGAAACAACAAGGUCCUGCAGUGUGGCCAGGAAAGGCGACUCUCGCCCUCAGCAAACAGUAUACUCCCUCCGAGCAGCCGGUCGCAGCCUUUCGAUGGGCAUUGGCUAUCAAGUGGCGCCGGAUUCAGACGUCAGCAGCUCCGCUCUCUCCGUCCAGUUCAUCUCCUUCGUCCUCGUCUUCGCUUGCGUUGUCUCGGCCAGUUGGGCGCAAUUUGCCGGUGGAGCCGAUGGGAGGAGGCACGGAAAGCCCCACUUUCUCCUUGUCCUCACGGACCGACAAAAACGGCGAGUCGCCCCCGCCUUACCCUCCUCUCUGUUCGUCGUCUUUCUCGGAGCAUAAGGUGUGCAGUGCAGAGGCUUUGCGUUCCAACGAAAGUGCGAGUUUCGAAGGAAAGGAACAUCCAGGCACUGCCGCCGCGGAGGUACACCGCAUGCGUCGACAAGCGAGCUCUGAGGGGCCGAGCGUCGACGGAAUGGAUCAACCGAAGGCCUCCACAUACAUCCAGGAGUACGGCUCAGCACCCAGCACUCGAGCGGUUGCACCCUCGGGUUCGCCGCCUGCAUGCAGCAAUUCGACGUCCACAGGGAACACCGAGUUUCCCAGUCAGCGAGUCCAGGCGAGGCGGCCGGAGAGAGAGAGGGCGAGCCAGGGAAACGGAGUUAAGGGCGUUUCGUUCAGUGCCUCGCAGGUCGGGGGCCAGGAGCGGAGAGGCACAGGAGACAGACCCGCCGCACACGCCGGUGCGGCGCACCCGCCACCGGCUGCAACCCCCUCUCUCCUCGCAGCCUCCGCGGAGCUCCUGGAUCUCCAGAUUCCCUCUGAAGACCCUCCACGGAGUUCGCUGGUUUCCCUUGCCUCCUCGCCUCCCGCCGUUCUUGCCGCUUCGUCUGCAUCGUCCUCGGCUGCUGCCACGUCUCUGGGCGCGCAUGCGCCAGCGUCUUCUUCCUCGGGAGUGCCCUGGCCGCAACCUGCGGCGCUCUGCCGCGCACGCGCGGGAGAGCGCGAGGCUGACGAGAGAGAGAAGAAGAAGAUGCGACUCAGCAGCGCAGACGAGACGGGAGAGGCUAGAGACAAAAUCCCUUCGACGCCCUGUGAGGGUUGGUCGGUCGAGCCGGGCGGCGUUUCAGCGAGCCGCGAGAGCGGCCGCGAAAGAGAGAAGAGCGGCGGGCGUCUCGCGCAGCAGCUGCAGAAGGUACUGAAAGAAAAACGGGAGUUAGAGGACGAGCUCCAGCAACUCUUGGUUGAAAACGAAGAGCUGAGAAACACCGAGCAACAGCGACAGGAGGAAAACGCGACACUGCAGACGUCCUUGCAAGAAGCCAGAGAGAAGUGGAAAGCUGCGGGCGCAACCGUCCGGAACUUGGAGACACAGGCAACCCAGCGUCAUCUCGAGCUCGAGGCUCUAAAAGCGACGGCCCGCGAGCAGGAGGAGCGGCUGAAGUGUCGGGAGAGAGAGUGGCGAGAAGAGGUGACGCGCCUUCGGGCAACCGCUGCGAAACUCGUGGAGGAGAAGGACAGCCUUCAAGAAGUUCUCGAGGAACACAAGAGGGCCCUGGAGCGGUACACCUCGAUCUGUACGGCGGUCAGGGAGCAGCUUCGCGAACUGUCACCGCGCCGGUCGGGACCGUUUCCGAAGCAACCGUGCUGUGCGCCGGAUUCGUCUUCCCUCGCUGCUCCGCCUGCCUCUUCGCCUCAGCUUUCCGACUCUCUUUCUUCGGCUUCCCCGUCUGCUCUCUUUCCGUCUGCCUCGGAUGAAGCGGCGAAGCCUGGCCACCCCUCCAACGGCGCAAGGGACGCGCGGACACUCCCCACGACAGCGCCCUGGAAAGGACAAGAAAACGAGGAGGAAGGACUUCCCGCCUGGAGACCCGGCGAGGCGAACGCGGACAACAACCCUCGGCUCACGGGAGAUGGAAACGAGCGGUUCGUGGACAGGCCCGAGGACGGCGCGCUUCAGUCUCAGGGCCAGGCGAGUCUGGAGGAUCUGCUCGUGGACCCUCCCGGUCCGCUCACGCUCCUGUCGCCCUCCAGAGAGCGGACGCUGGACGCGUCUUCUGUCUGCUUUGGCUCGUCGGAAAAGCCGCGUGCGAACCUGGUGUCUGCGCGGCCCGCGAGGGGACAUCCUGCGAGCGGCAGUCUGCCGAGAGACACUUGGAGGGAACCGCGAAAUACCCCCCCUGAUUUCUCAGCCGAAUGCAGCACCAACGGGGAAGGCGGCCUCCGUAGACAUGCAGACCUCGCGGGCAGAAACCCCGAGAAAGAAGGCCAGAGCCGACCCGAGGAAGCAAGUGAACGAGGGGAAGGGAGCGAAGAGGCUCGUCUAAUUCGUGCCGCUGCAAAGAAGGCAACCUUGUCUGCAUUUUAG